AUGGGAGGACAGGGCUUCUUGAAGACUAGAAGAGUGGAAAGUCCUUUAGAUGUUUGCCUGCCGCUUCGAAAAUCCGAGAUUCGCGACAAUGGGAGCAAAAGUCUUUCGGUGCCUUCUGCGGGGUUGGGGGAGGAUGUUCCUUUCUAUACCUGUGGCGAUCAACAGAAUAGUUGUGAAGCGUUCGGCCAGCCUGCAAUCUGCUGCCCAGUACGAACAGCUUGCAAUCCUACCACCGUCGAAAUAUCACCUUCAGGAAUCUUUUGCUGUAACUCGGCUUUGAACCCCGAGGGGUGUUUCGUUUCCACACAUAAUCCGCCGGUAUGUAUGGCAGGUACAACAGAAUGCUCCAGAGAAACAGGCGGUGGAUGUUGCCCGGAGAAUACAAUAUGUUCUCCGAACGGGUGCAUUCACGCAGUACCUGUUUGGAUUAUCAGCUCUUCUGUAGUGACGGUUGGGGCUUCAAGUCUUUCGCCUACCUCGGGCGCUGGAGGUACAGAAUCAUUGGCAACGAUUACGAAAACAGUCACAGAACGGCCAGCUGCAACUGCGACAAUGGUGAAGGAUGGGGAAGUGGCACAGAGUGGAGUGAGGAAGGAUUCUGUUAUUUUGAGUUUUCCGUACGCGAUAGCUUGGAUGCUCGUAUGUGUUGCUGCACUGAUGAGAUUGCUGUGA